AUGCUCCCCUCACUGAAAGAGAUGGAACUUUGUGGAGUACCAAGACUAAGUGGAAUUUUUAGAAACUAUGAGCAACUCAAGAGUUUAUCAAUGCAAAAGCCAUCAUCUCCACUUUCAAGACAUAAGUCCAAUAAGAUACAUCAAAUUCUUGCCACAUGUGCUCUCUCUUGGGUUCAAGCAUGUUGUUCUCUUAAUAAAUCAAGGCCAGCUAGUGAAGAGACUAAUCUUACUGUUUCUGAUCAUGGACCACUUGACCACACAAACCCAAUGGGAUUACUUGCAUCAGAGAAAUGGAUUGAAACUGCUGCUACCAUUAAGAGACAGCUACUCCAUGUUGGUCAUAUCAAGAAGAUGGAACUUGUAGAUUUCUUUUUAAAUUCAAAAUCAACACUGUUCACGUUAUCUAUGGCAUCAAUUAUAUUGUGGGAAGAAUUGACAAUUGGAAAAUGUGAUGGAUUGAAGCACUUGGUAACCAGCGAUGAAGAUGAUUAUAAAGAUCAAAAGAAGUGUAGUUCCAUUUUUCCAAACUUGAAGAAGCUAGAAAUCAGGAAGUGUAAUGACAUGGAAUUUUUGUUUCCAUCCACAAUAUCAUUAGAAAUUAAAAAUUUAAGGUCUUGGACGAUCAGAGAUGCUCCUAAACUAACACAGAUUGUUAGGAAAUACCAUCACAAGGAUCUUUCAGCAAAUCCAAAUCCACAAAAUGAUCUGCACUUUGAUCUCCCUGCUUUGGAGUUUCUUUGCUUUCAAGGUGUACCAAAUAUGAUAAGCAUUUGUGUGAAGAAUUAUUAUUUCUUAGUAUCGCCAUCUCUUUAUACUGUUUCUUUGGACAAUUGUGGCAUCAUAUCUUUUAUUGAUUUGAUAUUUUGUUCGAGUGAAGAAUGCUUGAAUUGGGAAAUCACAAAGAGACUAGAUUUAUCAACAGAUAUAGUUCAUCGAGCUUCUCAGGCAACUCAAAGCAUCAGAAUGCAAUCAUUGAUUAACAUCAAGAAGAUGGAACUCGUGACUUGUGCCAACUUAAUAUCAUUGUUUGCUCUACAUGAUGCCUCAAUCCUUUCCUUGGAAGAACUGACUGUCAAAAGAUGUGAUCAACUAAAAUGUAUUGUAGCAGAUGAGGGAGGUGCUACAACUCAUAUGAAUCACAAUUCCAUCUUUCCAAAGUUGAAACAACUAGACAUGUCAGAAUGCAAUGUAGUGGAAUAUCUAUUUCCAGCAUCUGCUUUUAGAUCCCCCAUGCAUUUGGAACGUCUUAGAAUCAAGGAUGCUCCUAAGUUGGAAUAUGUGUUGGGAAGAAGCUCUCAUGAUGACAACUUAUCUCAUCAGAAUCAGAAUAUCAAAAUUUGCAUUGACUUCCUUGCUCUAAAAUCACUAGGGAUGCAUAAUGUGCCAAAACUUGUCAGCCUGUGUCCCAAAAACUUUUGUUUGAGAGGGUUAUCUCUAGAGGCCAUUAUACUGGAUAUUGACAUUUCUUCUAUGUCUAGCAUCAAAUCUUUUAAUGAUUUUAUGGUUUGUGAUCAUGCAACACAAGACUCCACAACCAUAAAGUUAAUUGAGAUGCGCUUGCAUGCUUUGAAAGAGCUUACAUUAGCAAAUUCCAAAAUAGAAGAGAUUUUCAACUUGAAAAAUCUGGAUGCAAAGAAAAAUAAAAAAAGACUUGAACCAUUAACAUCAAGUUUACAAGAAUUGGUGUUGAUAAAUCUAUGGGAGUUGAGGAAUAUAUGUGUGGGCCCCAAAUGUAUUCUAAGCCUCAAGAAUCUCUCUGAGUUACAAAUUAGAGGAUGCAAAAAGCUUGAAGUUGUCUUCUCUACCUCUACAUUGAGAAGCCUACCACAGUUGGAGAAAUUAUGGAUAUGGGAAUGUGAAGAAUUAGUUAAGAUCACUGAAGAGGAUAAUGAGGAAAGUGCUGGAGAUCAUUUGCCUCAUCAACCAUGCUUCCCAAAGUUAAUUGAGCUGCGUGUUGUAGGUUGUCACAGGUUGAAGUAUUUGUUCUCUAUCACAAGGUCUGGUAUCCUUCCAAAACUACAAGAAGUAUGUAUAGAAGAUGCCUACGCUCUUGAGCAUGUGCUGAUCAGACCAUUUCAGCCAAAAGAAAUGGCAAAGAAGGAUGUGCUUCCAGAGCUACGAUAUGUAGAACUAGGAAUAAAUACAAGCCUCAUCAACAUCUGCCAUGGGAUUGAUUUUCAAACAUUAGAAAAUUGCUCAAAAUUGUAUGGUUGUCCCAAAUUUUCUUUUCAUGAAACCAUCGCUACUCAGCAUCAAGAUGGCCCAAAGAAUCUUGAUUCCAAUGUUGAGGCAAAAACAGGGGAGAAGGCUUCUUCACAUCCAAACACAAAUCAGUCAGACAUGGGAGAUACCAAAGGGAGCCCAAGUUUAAAAACCCACCAAUCCCGAAUUGGUCCACCAAACUUCACAAUGGAAACAACAAACGAAAUUGCGGAAGAAGAUGUUGUUCCUGAGAUGCCAAAAGUGACAAAUUUAUCAUCUGAUUCAAAAGCCAUUGAUCAACUGGAAACAAGAAGGGAAAUUGUUGAAGAGGAUGCUAUUGCCAUGAUGCCAAAAAUGAUGAAUUCGUGGUCUGAUUCAAAAGCCAUAGAUCAACCGGUAUGUUUAUGCUAAUUUGAUCUCUUUAUAAUUCAAAAUCUUUUACAUAUAUUGGGAUGAUGGUUGGAACCAAAAAUAAAGUAGAAUGAAAUUUCCUUCAAACAAGACAAUAUAAAAGAAAA